GGGCGGGCAGUUUCCGGGACGUUCGCGGGACCCUCGAAGGCGCGGACUUUGGGGAGCCAACAGCUUCCACCGCAGACUGUGGAACCGAGAUCUGGGGGCUCAGUUCCAGAGGAGAGCGGCAGCCUCAUUCCCCACCCCCACCCUCGUUAAUUUUACACUUCUCCCCUUUUAUCGCUUCUCCCCUCUUGUGUAAGUUUCACCCCCAGGUCUCGCUCUUAUUGUAAAAUUGACCCCCAGCCUCUCCUGUGUCCCUCAUUCCUGAAAUGUUCCCUUCUCCUUGUCCUCUGCCCCUCUCGUAAUUGGUUCCACUCCCCUCACUAGUAGCCUCCCCCCCACUUGUAACUUAGGCUCCCCUCCUCCCUCCCUGGCGCUGCUUUUUAAAAGAAAGACCCCGGGGGUCCCCACUCUUUCCCUCACCCGUUAGGGUCUUUGUAGGAGGCUGGGGAAGGGGCGCACCCUAGGAAGACCUCCCGGGGGAGCACGAUCUGUUGCACGCGCCCCUCCCGGGCCAAGAGGGGGGAGGGGGCGCGACCUCUCCCCACCCCCAGGAGCUGGGGUGCGGGCCACCAGCGCUGCGGAGGGGAUUGGAGGGCCCGAAGAGGUGGAGGAGAAGAGCACAGUAUUUUCCUUUUUUUAAAAAAUUUCUUUUUUGGUUUUCCUCUUUUCUCCCGGGGCUACGCCGCCUGCCGAUCUUCGCCCUAACCUUUCGGGGCCUGACCUCCAGCCAUCUUUGAUUUCCGACUUCCUAAAAAUAAACCGCGGCCGGCGGGAGGGGUGUGGGCCCCCAGGGGCGGGGGUCGUGGGCGCACAGCAGCCCCGCUGGGGUGCACCAGCCUGGCGUUUUGCGUGCCUUUUCUAGGGCGCCCGGCUUUACAAACGCGCGCCCCGGGGGCCAGAGGGGAGAGGUCGGACCAGGACUGGGCGGUCGUGGCCAGGGCGAGCUCCGGGGGCUGACCCGGCCCACGCUUCCGCGCUGCGCGUCUUGAGGGUCUGGAGGAGUUCUGGACCCCCAGCCCGGUCGGGAGCGGCCAAGCAAACUCCUCUCUUCCUAAUCAUGUAACCCAGGGGGCUUUAGGAGCCAGUCGAUUUCCCACUAUCUCCCCUCCGUCCUGGCCCGCCAAAUUGUCGCCUGAUAAGUUUUUCGCGUACGCGUGGGGGGAGGGGGCGUUUUUAACGUCCUCUUGGGCCUUGUUGGUGGCUUCUCUCUUCUCGCCGCCUGCUUUCUAAUUUCCCAGACCGUGAUGGGGGUGUGCGCGGCAACCCGACUCCGAGCUACAACUCCGAUGGGAAAACGGUUGCUACGUUUUGGUUACCGUACCUUUUAUUUCGGGGAGGGAAUGUGGUAAAUUUCCUAAAUUUAUAAUACAAUGUAAAUCCCUAUUUCUCCUCAAAUAACAUUUUUCCAGGGCAAAUUAAAGAGAUCUGCUUGACCGAGGGGGCGGCUGUGCGUUUUCGGGCGUCCGAUGGUCAGGGCAGCGUGCACCCAAGGUCGGAGGAGGGUGGACUCUCUUUGUGCCUUGGGAGGGGGAGUGCGGGGGAGAAUGGAGAGGCUUCGUUGCCUGGCCCACCUGGAACAAAAGGGUUAACCCUCUGCCCGCCCGCUUCCUCCCGAGAGGAGGGGCGAGCUCCUGGCUCUGACCCCUCCCCUGGUCCUGCUCUGACCUCCCCUUCCCCCUACCCGCUUCAUUUUGGGUGGGCGCGCUGAAGUGGGGUUUUUGGUGGUGUUUGGCACCUUAGGGGGAGCUUCUUAAAUUAACGCUAGCUGAAGUUUGCAAUCAGUUAACCCGAGCUGGUUAGGAUCGCGGGCCUGGCUGUGCGCUCCCUCCACGAUUUGGGAGGGGGAGUUGCUAUUGAUCGCUUGGGUUGGAGUGGACGGCCGAGCUGCGCGCGGGCGCCCCCUGGAGGCCCAGCCUGGAACCUCGCCCUUUGCUGAGAGGCGGGUCCCUUCGCAGGUACCGGCUCACACCUGAUGGGUGGGACAGGCUGGGGCAGGGGGAUGGAGAGCGCUGGGGUGGGCUAGGCUAGGGACUCCAGUCGGUUGCUUGAGCUAUCCCUGGCUGUGCCGGGGUUUCUUUGCCAAGUCUUUGGAAUUCUUGGAAAGAAUUCUUCGAUCCUCGAAUGUGUUCGCAGAGUCCCCCAGUUGCCACGAUGGGACAGAAGGUAGUUUUCCCAAGUAGUACAUUUUAACUGAUGCAUUUUGUAUUUGAGCGGCCUGUAUGUAUCAUUUAAAAAAUCCAGUUUAGACUGGUCUUAUUUUGCAAAACCAAUUUGAGACCCACUUAUAAAGAAUGUACUUUUUGAGGGAGGAGAAUGAAGUACGGCAAAAAAUUAGAUCAGAAAAUCUGCAGGUGGUCAGGGGACUCAGGCUACAUACAGGAAAAUUAGCAUUUUCUCAAAAGAGUUUCAAAUGCCCUUUGUGCUAAACUGGAUUACAGCCAUCAACGAUUAAGAUUCCCAAAUUUCAAAUAACUGCCUAGCCCCAGUUUCUAAACUGAAAUGACCUACAUUGGCGGUAAGGAUUCUGAGAAUAGGGCACUUGGGAGCUUAUAUUUUAAUAGAGGAAGAGGGAAAUCUUGUUGAUCGAAGCGUUAGUUAAUGUUGCAGGCUGACUUUCUGUGUUUCCAUCUGAGUUUCUGAAAGGGGCUACAACUUGCCCACACCGCUUUUGUUCCGUCAAAAAGAAAUUGCACAAGUCAAUGCUAGUUGGUCCUUCAAGCCUCUGCAGCCUUCCUCACGGUGGGGAGUUGGGGAGCCAUCUUGGGAGGGAGGGAUAGAGUUAAUGCUUCCUCUUUUUAAAUGAAGUUAGGUUUUGGUAAGAUUUUAGAGUGAGGUGUGCAUUCCAAUCUGGUUGUAUGACUUUCAGCUGUGUAACCUUGCUUUCUGAGCUUUUGGGUUCUUCCUGUGUACCAUGGAGAUGAAGCAUGCUGUUUAUUUAGAUAGUUUCCACUAUACAAGACCCACUGUGUGCUGGAAACGUGAUCAGUAAUUAAUUUUGUUCAAAAAAACAAUGUUUUAUUUUUUAUUGUGCCAAGACGGCACUGAACUGCCAAGUUGAGAUAAUUCUGCAGUUUUAUCUGUAGCCUACUGUGUGCCAGACACCAGGCUGGGGACCUCAACGACAUUAUCUGUAAUCCUCAUUUUUACUCAUUUUAGAGGAAACUUUAACUCCUGGUUGCAAUGGCUUGCCCAGGGUUGCCUUGUCCUGUUUGAUUUGAGCCUUGCUCUGAAUCCAAGAAGCUGUGUUUAUCGUGGUUUUAGAAGAGUUGGUUAUGGGAUGGGAUUUUCUAUCAGAUGAGGGGGCUAUGGUGAGUGUUCAGCUGGUUGAGUGUUCUCUCUCCUCCUCCCUUUUAAUUUUUGAGAUGUGCCUCUGCAGGCUUUAGAAUAAGAGGUCCUGGGAAGCAAGUCGAAAAUAAAGCAGAGUUUGCAUUUGGUGCUCUGGGCUUUACUGCCCUGGAAAAAAUGAUGGGAAGAGUUCAAGAUAUUCCCUUUUUCAUCAUCCUUAACCUAUUGUGCUUUUGAUUGUUUAAAAAAGCAUCUAAAAAUUUUAAAAGCUCUAAAUUCAUGUAAGAACUGCAUCUCUGAUCGUUGCCAUCUAUUUUUUUUCUUCUAGAUUUCAAGUCUAUGUCAGGCUUUGUUCUAGGGGGAUCUGGGGAAGGAGGCAGCAAAAGCUCCUGCCUUCAUGGAGUUUACAAAUUGCAUAAAAGAUGAGCUCCAGUUGAGGCAAUAUGGGACGUAUCUCUACAGCGUAAAUAGCAGAGCUCGCACACCUUAUAGCACAAAGAAACUUUGAUUCUUUUACUUCUUCCUUUUCAGCAGACUUGAAUUUUGAUCCAAGACCAUUUGGAACAAAUUUUUUUUGUACCUUAAUUAAAUAGAAAGUUAAUUGCUGCUCUAAUUUGCCACCUACAAAUUGAGUUAAGGGCUUGUUCCUUAAGUGUUUCCCCGGAUUGCUGAAUUCAGAUGUAAAAUUAAACUGGUAAACCAGUUUCUUUGAACUGGUUCAGUACUUAAGGACAUCUCAAUUUCCUUUUGUUUUUUGGUAAGCAGUUAUCCUGCCGGUGGGGGUGGGGUAGAAGAUGUUUAUGGACUCUAGAUAAUCUGCUCAUUGUCGUUCUUUUAAUAUAGGAAUGGGGGGGGGGAGGAUAAGCUUGAGGCAUAAUGCUUUUCUCGAGAUACACAGGUUUGUUUCUUAAGCAUUUUCACUGGCUCCAGAAUUUGAUUGGCCUCUGGCAGAUGAGCUUUCUUCCUAUACAAUAGUAAGAGUAUUUUCUAUCCAUUUGGCAGGGAUUGAAUCUAAGCCCCCUGCUGGGUUUACUGCAUUCUUCCAACUUAUUGGAUAACUAGAUGCUGAGAGAUAACAUUCCUAAAAUUCGGAGUGGGGGUGGGGUGGAAGGGUGGAAGAUCUAGUUGCUGUGUAAUCCCUCUGAACUUUGCUUUUUCCUUUUGGGAAGGGUUAACUUAAGCAUACCCAGCAAUUGUUCAUAACAGAGUCGUCUUACUCUUUGGCAAAUACGCUUUCAGUAUUUGCCAGUGGUGGUCUGAAUGUCGAAGUACUUUUUACUGCACCAGCAAACAGAGCUCCUGCUGUUUGAAGACUCAAGUGGGAUGUUGCCGGUAUUGCUUGGAGGCUGCAGAAGAGGCAAGCCUGUGUAUACAGUGCAGGCAAGCUGGUAUUCAGGUUGUAAAUCACUGUUGGGAACUGUUGGAUCCUUCUAGGGCAGGGAGCUUAACCUUUUUUGUGCCACAUUCACCCCUUCUCAUCAGAAUGUAUUUAAAUGCAUACAAUAAGAUACAUAGAAAUACCAAGGAAAUAAAUUGCGUUGAGAUAACACUUAGUAAAAGUAACAUGUGCUUCUUUGUGAACACAAUAAAGGAGAUCUAGCAGUCAGUCAGGUAACCAGAAUUUCCAGUAAUGCAACCGCAUUGACAUCAUAGGAAAAUACCUGCUUUCUGUUGAUGACAUAGGCAUGGGUUCUGCAAAUACCGCUGAGGUAUGUUCCCCACGCUCAUAAUUGAAAGAAAUGUUAAGUUUUAAUUCAGCUGAGUGAAAAUAAGGUUGCCAUCUUUUUUUCCCUGUCUAAUUUCAUCAGCCCCAGUUUAAAGAGUUAUCUCCUUUAAAACCUGCAUUGUCAGUACGGGAAUAUUGUCCCCAAGGGGGUGAAAAUUGGUUUUUUUUUUGGGUGGGGCAAAAAUGUUUAUUGAUGUUACAGUGGUUUGUGGCCUUCCAAAGGCCAUAGUGCAUAAACAGAUAAUAUAAUAUAUUGGUGGUAUUAAAAUUUGGCGGGGGGGGGGCGGUGAUUAGGAAAAAAAAGCUUUAAAAGCCUUCCUAGAGGGGUAAAAUGAAAAAAAGUUCAAGAAACUGCUCUAGAAGAAACAAUUAUAAAUCAGGCCACUAGCUUCAGUUCUCCUCUUCAAUAGUAUUUAAGGCUAUAAUCCCUGCCCUUGUGUUUUACCAGCACGGCACCUUGAGGCAGUUAUUUCUGAGCCUUAGUUUCCAUGUUUGCGAAUUGGGAACAAAGAUGCUUGUUUACGUGGCUAUGAAGAUAAGUGAGUUAAGGUAUAGGAGUCUGAAGUGAGUGCUUUGUUGCAGUUUGUGGAGGAUGGUAGUAGUUUUGCUUUGGCCCUUAACAAGCAUUUGUACAUGAGCUUUGUUAGAGAUUUCCAGAAGUAGAAUGGCUGAGAAAAGGGGUGUAACAUGCUAAUUAAAAAGAAGCCAAAGUACAGAAGUGUAUACAUUGAUUUAUUUUUUUCUGUGGUCACACUGCACGGCAUGUGCCUCCCUGACCAGGGAUCGAACCUGCGUCCCCUGCAUUGGAAGUGUGGAGUCUUAACCAGUGCACCGCCAGGCAAGUCCCAAAAGUGUAUACAUUUUAAAGUUUCUCUUCCACCCCAGGCCUGUGCUCCAAGAGGCAGGGACCAGCCACAGCAUCUAUUAUUUCAAAAGUUUCCCACGUACAUACUUAUAUCUUUAUCCCUAGACACAAAGAGGGGGGGGAGCACGUUAUCUAUACAUCCUGUUCUCUACACUUUUUUCCCUCUUGAAAUCAGUCUUGGGUGGUUGUCUUACAGAUCAAGCAUAUAUAAUAAAGAUCUACUUUAUUUUAGAAGGCUACAAAGUAGUCAUCCCUUUCGUGUACCCUGAUUUAUUCAAUCAGAACCGUACUGACGGACCAGAGUGCGUCCUUUUUUGUUUAGGCUGUUUGUUACUAUGAAACCUGUAUCCUGGUAUCACAGAAAGUAAACUCCUAACAAGGGAAUUGCUGGGUGGAAGGAGAAUUGCACUCAAAUGAUGAUGUUGGUGGACUGUGCUCUGAAGAAGUUGUAUGUAUUUAUAGGCACCAGCCUACUGGUGUAUUUCCCUCCCAAGAGAAACUCUUUAAGUUCUACUUCUAAAGUUCUUGACACAUAAUUGCCAAAAUUGCACUUCCAGAAAGAUUGUGCCAGUUUAACAACACACCCCAGCAAACACCGCAUUAGAAGUCUUGGGAAAGUGUACCAAUAGAUACUAUCUUAAGGAUUCUGGGAAUUGAUGAAUAUAUUUAACUUGAUUCUUGGAAAUUUUAUUGCUUUGGAGCAGUUGUGGAGCCGGAAGGAAGGAGGUACCUACCUGCUACACUCCCCAUGGAAGUAGCAGGGGUGUAUCGUGUCCUAAGUUAACCUCCCCACACCUCCAAACCUGACCCCUCAAGCUUUCCUGUUCCUCCUGGGGUUUCUGUGAGAGGAAAGAUAGUUGCCAGUCUCAACAGAAGAAACAUGCUUAGGAGGAAGGGUAUCAAGGAGGAGUUCAAAGGGACGGUCUGGGUCCUGCGUGCCUUGGUUUUAAUGUUGGCUCCGCAGUUUACCACAUGCCCUACCUUGGGGAAGUUAAUGUGCUCUGUGCCUCAGUUUCCCCCUCUGUUAAAUAUAAUAGUCUGUACCUCAAGAGUUGUUAAUAACAUGUAAAUUACACCUGGUACAUAGUACGUGCUCAAAAGUUACCUGUGACUAGGUUUUUCGUUGUGUUGCCUUGGGUAUAAGUCACAUUACAUCCAAGUCUGUCUUUCCUAUCUGUAAAUGGGGCUGAUGUUAAAUAGGGUUGGAUGGGUAUAGUGUGGAGCCCAGGGCAGCUGGAGGUUCUAGUCUGGACUACAGGAGGCUGUUAGGCUGCUCAUCUUUUUAUCACCCCCUUGGCCCCUGCCUUGUACUCAGUAGGAGGCGAGAAGUCUUGUUAAAUGAGUGAGGCUUUAAAUGACAGGCACAAGGCUUAUUGUGUUCAGCAGCCCUAGUUGCCCAGGUAACCAGAUAAGCCGCUGAAAUAGAAAAGGUGGAGAAACUGAUGUUAACCGAAUACGUACAGUAUCUGCACUUUCAGGUCAUAGGAUGGUGCCAGGGUCACAGUCAGCACUCGACAAACAUUUGUUAAAUUAAUCACAUCACUUAACCCAGGCAUCUAACUUACGUGGUUGUCACGAUUUUGCACAUUUAUUAGAAAUCCUGAGGGGUAAGCCCACCACAUCAGACCUGUUUUCCAUGGAUUGUUCCUGACCUGUUUGCUUUCUCUUGGCUUACUUACCCCCGACCCGCACACACCUUGCAGAACUUCUGAUGAUUAUUUAGUCUGAAAUUAGGAAAAAUUAAGUCAAUUUAUUAAGGCUGUGCUAUGGAAAUGUAAAAGAACCAGUGUUUGAAAAUCUGAUGGAAAGUAUAGAUCUUUCUCAAGAGAAAUACACUUUGUUGCAAGAUCAGCCCCUCCCCAAAUUGUUGACUGACUCCUCGGUCAAAAACCCAUGCUGUUGGGAAAUGUAACCACCCAAGGAAUUGAGGCAAAAUGGGUUAGUUGGCUUUACAAAGUGAUCAUUUUAUUUAAAAGAUAAGUGGAUACUGCCUGGCCUUACCCCCAUGCAUUUGUACAUUUCAAAUAGGAUUCGUUUUAAACAAAAAUGGUCACACCUUACAAACUAUUCUGUAACCUACUUCCACCUAACUUCUGUCUCCAUGUCAGGACGUAACGGAAAUUCUGCAUCGUUUUUGUACUGUGGGUAAACCAAAAUUUACCUUUUUUUUUUUUCCCCUCUUUUGUGGCUCUAAACAUUUCUGAAAAAUAUCCCUCUUCCUCCAUGGAUUUUUUUUUAAAAAUAAGUUUAUUUAUUUAUUUAUAUUUGGCUGUGUUGGGUCUUCGUUGCCGCACGCAGGCUUUCUCUAGUUGCAGCGAGCGGGGGCUACUUGUUGUGGCGGCUUCUCUUGUUGUGGAGUGCAGCCUUCAGUAGUUGUGGCGCACGGGCUUCGUUGCUCUGCGGCAUGUGGGAUCUUCCCGGCCCGUGUCCCCUGUGCUGGCAGGUGGAUUCUUAACCACUGCGCCGCCAGGGAAGUCCUCUCCAUGGAUCUUUGUAUAUGUGUGCAAAUGUCUGUGGUUUGGAUCUGCGCACCUGGAGUUGCUGGGUCUGAGGUGUGCCUAUAUGACUUCUCAGUGGUAAGGUGUACAUAUAAUAGGUGAGGCAGGAAAUGAGAAAAAUAAAGUAGCUUAGAGGUUCUCCACCCGCCAGGACUCGGGCAUCUGGCUAAAAAGCACAGUCCCCCGACAGGCAUUGUGACGUGCAGACUAGCAGUCACUGUGAAGGAAAUAGGACCCAACUGCAAAAGAAGUCCAGGGACCACUCAUUUUCAGGAAUAGAACUACCCAGAAUAGGAUGGUUGGUUGACUUUUGUGUAACAGAGUAGAAGUUGCAAACGGAAGGUGAGGAAUAAAAUCCAUCAUUCCCAUCCCUUCCUUCCUUUCUUGGGCUUCUUUCUUUGUUUAAUGGCUUAUUAAUCCUUGAAUGGCCUGUUAAGGCAUUUCUGUAGGUUUUUCGUAAUCAGGAAGGUCAGUGAAGUUUUUUUUCUUGGACAUGCAAUCUUUCCCUUUUUUUCAGUGUGUUUUUUCUUAUUAAUUUUUAGCACCUUUAGACUUUCAUUGUCCCUGGUGGGAAGGUACACUUACCACAUUGUCUGAAUGAGUGACUUACUGCAAUUUCACUUUCGAUGGGCCCAGGAUGGAGAUGAGCGGCCAUGAAUUGAGCAGGUUUCCAACAUCAUUUUAUGGUGGCAUGAGAUCCAUUUGCCUUUCAAGCCAGCUCUCAGCUGGGUGAGGGCCAGAGCUCCAAGGGGAUUAUUUUAAUGAAUUGUAUGCGCUUCCCAGGGCUGCCUUAAUACGUUGGCACAGACUAGAUGGUUUAAGACAGAUUUAUUCUCACAGUUCUGGAGGGUGGACAGCUGACAUUUAGGAGUUGCAGGGUUCCUUUUGGAGCCUCUGAGGGUGAGUGUACCAGGCCUCCUCCCUACCUUUUGUUGGCUUCCAGCCGUCCUUGGCUUAUAAAAGCCACGUAACUCCUGCCUUGGCUUCACAUGGCCUUAUUCUGUCUCAUGUCCCUUUCUUUUCUCCUUAAGGACACCAGAUACUGGGCUUGGGACCCACCCUAAUUACAACUGCAAAGAUUUCCCCCCCUGCCCCAAAGAAGGUCGCUGGCACAGGCGCAGGGGUUAGGAUUGGACAUUUUGGGGGGUUAUGAUUUGACCCCCACUACCUAAGUGAUUGGUUCAUUUGAGACUCUCUGGAUGCCUUGUUCCCUUACACAGUUUUGUGCGUGUUGGGACACAGAUCACGAAGACCUCUGGACUGUGAGCUGUGGUUUUUCCCAAGAAAUCGCCCCACAUCCUUUCUUGGGUAGAGUUCUUAGCUUUUUCUCUCUUGUCACAGGUACUCCAAUGAACCCCCCAGGGAGUGGCGAUGACGUGAACGUGGACGGAGCAGGGAUAAAGAGGCCUCGGCGGGAGGAGACUCACAUCUGUGAGAAAUGCUGUGCCGAGUUCUUCAGUUUCUCGGAGUUCUUAGACCAUAAGAAGAAUUGCACUAAAAAUCCACCUGUCCUCAUCAUGAACGACAGCGAGGGGCCGGUGCCUUCAGAAGACUUCUCCGGGGCUGUGCUGAGCCACCAGCCACGCAGCCCAAGCAGGAAGGACGGUCACAGAGAGGACGGUGGCAGCUCAGGGGACACGAGGGAGAAGCCGGGGGCAGAGUCCAUCGUGUACUUAAAGACGGAGGCCGCCCUGCCACCCACACCCCAGGACAUAAGCUAUUUACCCAAAGGCAAAGUGGCCAACACCAACGUCACGCUUCAAGCGCUACGGGGCACCAAGGUGGCCGUGAACCAGCGGGGCGCAGACGCGCCCCCAGCCCCGCUGCCCGGCGCCAGCAGCAUCCCCUGGGUCCUCGAGCAGAUCCUGUGUCUGCAGCAGCAGCAGCUCCAGCAAAUCCAGCUCACGGAGCAGAUCCGCGUGCAGGUGAACCUGUGGGCCUCCCACGCCCUCCACUCCAGCGGCGUGGCCGGAGCUGACUCCCUGAAGACGCUGGGUGGCCACGUGUCCCAGCAGGUUUCGGCGGCUGUGGCUCUGCUCAGCCAGAAGGCGGGGAGCCCGGCUUUGCCCCUGGACACCUUGAAGCCAGCCAAGCUACCUCACACCAGCAUCCCUUCUGCUGCCAGCUCCGUGUCCCCAGGGCUGACGCCCUUCGCCCUGAAGCCAGACGGGACCCGGGUGCUCCCCAACGUCCUGUCGCGUCUCCCGGGGGCGUUGCUACCUCAGGCCCCAGGCUCUGUGCUCUUCCAGAGCCCCUUCUCCGCGGUGGCGUUAGACCCGUCCAAGAAAGGGAAAGGGAAGCCACCGAGUGUCUCCCCGGUAGAUGUCAAACCCAAGGACGAGGUCCUCUACAAGCACAAGUGUAAGUACUGUAGCAAGGUUUUUGGGACUGAUAGCUCCUUGCAGAUCCACCUCCGCUCCCACACCGGAGAGAGACCCUUCGUGUGUUCUGUCUGCGGUCACCGCUUCACCACCAAGGGCAACCUCAAGGUGCACUUUCAUCGGCAUCCCCAGGUGAAGGCAAACCCGCAGCUGUUUGCCGAGUUCCACGACAAGAUGGCGGCAGGCAGUGGCCUUCCCUACGUGCUCUCUGGCCCUGUCCCCGUAGAUGAGUCCGGGCUCUCCUUAGACAACAAACCCGUCCUUGCGACGGGGACCCCCAAUGUAGGGCUAUCUCAGAAUCUCUCUUCGGGGACUAACUCCAAGGACCUCAUGGGUGGCCCGUUGCCCAGCGACCUGCAGCCCGGGCCUUCUCCGGAAAGUGAGGAUGGAUGCAUCCUGCCUGGGGUGGGGCCCAACCAUAACUCCCCGAGGGUUGGUGGCUUCCAAGGGAGUGGGACACCCGAGCCGGGGUCAGAGACCCUGAAAUUGCAGCAGCUGGUGGAGAAUAUCGACAAGGCCACCACCGACCCCAACGAAUGUCUCAUAUGCCACCGUGUCUUAAGCUGCCAAAGUUCCCUCAAGAUGCAUUACCGCACCCACACCGGGGAGAGGCCGUUCCAGUGUAAGAUCUGUGGUCGAGCCUUCUCCACCAAAGGCAACCUGAAGACGCACCUCGGGGUGCACCGGACCAACACGUCCAUAAAGACGCAGCAUUCGUGCCCCAUCUGCCAGAAGAAGUUUACCAACGCGGUCAUGCUGCAGCAGCAUAUUCGGAUGCACAUGGGCGGUCAGAUUCCCAACACGCCUCUGCCGGAGAAUCCCUGUGACUUUGCGGGUCCCGAGCCGAUGAUGGUCGGUGAAAAUGGCAGUACAAGCGUUGUCUGUCAUGAUGAUGUCGAAAGCAUCGAUGUAGACGAAGUCUGCUCCCAGGAGGCCCCUGGCAGCUCCUCGAAGGUCCCCAUGCCCCUUCCCAGCAUUCACUCAGCAUCACCUACUCUAGGGCUGGCCUCGGUGGCUUCCCUAGAUGCCCAGGGGAAGACGGGUCUCACUGGUCUUGUCCUGCAGCGACAGAGCAGCCGAGAAAAUGGUUCCGUGGAGAGUGAUGGCUUGACCAACGACUCUUCCUCCUCAGUGAUGGGGGACCAGGAGUAUCCGAGCCGAAGUCCAGAUGUCCUGGAGACCACGUCCUUCCAGGCAGUCUCCCCAGCCAAUAGCCAAGCGGAGAGUGUCAAGUCCAAGUCUCCCGAUACCGGUGGCAAAGUGGACAGCUCCGAGAACAGCCGCACUGAGACGGAAGGUCGGAGCACUGGCCCACCGACAUUUAUCCGAGCCCAGCCAGCCUAUGUCAAAGUCGAAGUUCCUGGUGCGUUCGUUGGUCCCGCGACCAUGUCCCCAGGCGUGACACCUUUGCUAGCCAUCCAGCCCCGACGACAGGCCAAGCAGCACGGCUGCACGAGGUGCGGGAAGAACUUCUCAUCUGCCAGCGCGCUUCAGAUUCACGAGCGGACUCACACCGGGGAGAAGCCAUUCGUGUGUAACAUUUGUGGGCGAGCUUUUACCACCAAAGGCAACUUGAAGGUCCAUUAUAUGACGCACGGGGCCAACAAUAGCUCGGCACGCCGUGGCAGGAAGCUGGCCAUCGAGAACACCAUGGCUCUAUUAGGAACGGACGGAAAGAGGGUCCCCGAGAUAUUUCCCAAGGAAAUCCUGGCCCCUUCGGUGAACGUGGACCCUGUUGUGUGGAAUCAGUACACCACCAUGCUCAAUGGUGGUCUGGCCAUGAAGACCAACGAAAUCUCUGUGAUCCAGAGUGGUGGCAUUCCCACCCUCCCGGUGUCGCUGGGGGCCAGCUCCGUGGUGAAUAACACCGCUACCUCCAAGAUGGAUGGCUCCCAGUCGGCCAUCAGUGCCGAGGUGGAGAAGCCAGGAGCUGCCGACAGCGUCCCCAAACACCAGUUCCCUCACUUCCUGGAGGAAAACAAGAUCGCCGUCAGCUAAGCUACAGGAGAACGCACGUCGAAGGAGUAGUGCAGUGACCUCUCUAGAACUGUCCCUUUUUUGUUUGUUUUUCUUAAAGACCCCAUCUCCUCCAGUUUUCUUCCUGAUGUGCAAAUAAUGUUUACAGUUGUGACCACAACCUCAGGCACAUCCUACAAUCACAAUGUUGCUAUGCUGCUUUGCAAAAACAAACAAAAAAGAAAAAAAUCAAAAAAAAAAUUCAUACUAAAACAAAUAUAGACUAGUUUUUUUUUUAAUUUUGGAAAGAAGCGGGUCUUGCAAAGUAGUUUUGUUACUUGCAACAAACUAUAUACAUAAAACCUUUGUACAACCUAGAGUAACUGUUUCCAAAGACUGUCCCCUAUUUCAAGUUGGAAGGUGUUGAACCACCAUGGAGAAGACAACUGUUUUGCCUAUU